GUCUAUGUGAGCAAAGGAAUCUGCAAAACCGAUCUAUAGGUUCUUAUUUUUGGUAGCAGAUUUCUUAGGUAUGGUAUGAAAAAUUUAAUUUACUUUAAGUUAUUCCCAUUAAGGGGAAAAAAUCCAAUUACCAAAUUGGGUCAUCCUUUGCUCAAUAAAUUAGGAACAACUGUGCAAUUGCGGCGUGCCGGCCAACAGAUGGUGCGAAGAAAAGAAAAGAGAAAUACAAAUCGUAUUUCUUUGAACGUUAUAAGUUCUGUAGCGGCUGACAACAUGAUUGCUCCUUUGUUAUGUGUCACCCUUGAUGAUAGAAAAUACUUAAUUGGAAAUAUGGGGGAGUUGAUGCAAUUGAAGUUUCGAAAUCAUCCACUUAAUUAUGGAGGGAAAUUAUUGCGAUCAUUUAUGAUGCCAGGAAGUGGUCGAACAUACAAUCCAUGGAGUGCUACCGCUGGCCUACUCGGUUAUGUGCAAUCAAGCGAAAUCGACACUGUUUUAGAUUUGCAUGCUCCUUCUAGAAUAGCAUCGCUUAUAGCAAAUUCCCGAAAUUUGACUUCAGGAAGCAGUUUAAAAUUAAAUGUUAUACCUUUUCAAAACAAGCUCUCGGAGGAUCAUGAAAGCUUUGAGUUUCGAGAAAAGGAUUUUUGUACAAUACAAGGAGAAAUGUCACCUUCAUGGUCAUAUCUGUCUUUCAUGACCGUACCAAUGCAUGGUACUUUUAAUUCCGAGAAAGCGAAACUCCUAGGUGUUCCUUUUGGAAAAGCAAAUGGUUUACUAUGUCAAGGAAAAUCAGUUCUAGCUAGCGACAACAAAACAUGGGUGCGCCCAGAAGAAGUACUGGGUCCUACAAGGCCGGCUCAAAAGUUUGUUAUUAUCGGUUGUAGCAGCCCUUCGGCUCUAGAAAAUCUCAUAAAUUAUGCGAAUACAUGGGAGCACGAGUUACCAUCUUGCAUUAUUCAUGUCCUUGACAAAGGGGUUUGGGGGAAUGAGUAUGCGAAGUUUAUGAAGCAUCCGAAGCUACGAAAUUCGACGCAUUUGAUUUCAUGCAUUGAGCUUGCAAAAGAUUCUCUCAUAUUCAGAAGAAAUAGAUCUGCUAAUGUGCUUCCUAGUUGCCGUGGAUUUUUGUCAACACAUCUCUCCUCUGUUCACAGUCUUUCUGAGAAUGUUUUUGAGUUAGAAGAGGGCUUAUCUGUAGAAAUAUCUGACCAAAAAUGCUUCGUCAAAAACGAAAACACGGAAAAUGUUGGUGUAAAAACUCACUCUUUCAAUGAAUUACCGUCUCCUUCUGUCGGUUAUGUCGUGGAUAUUUUGGGAACGAGUGCAACAUCACCGACAUUGUAUCGAAGCCUCAGUUGCUACCUGGUAAAUGUGGAUAAUUGUUUUAUUCUACUAGACUGUGGCGAGGGCUCUUAUUCUCAGCUUAUACGGCAAUAUGGAACGAAUCUUGAUUCUGUAUUGAAGCAACUCCGUUUAAUAUUUAUUUCACAUAUGCAUGCUGACCAUUGGUUAGGGCUUGUGAAUAUUCUUUUAGCUUGGAAUGAAAGUACUCGUGGAGCAGACACCACACUUACCGUCGUUUGUCCCAAAUCACUACGGUUUUGGGUGUCAAGGAUUUGUGAUUCUACCAAGCUUUCACAUAUUGUUGAGCGUAUUCGGUUUGUGAAUGCUUCUACUGUACAUGCGGGGAAUGAGUACUCAUUGUCGCAAAGUUUAUCUUUAUAUACCGUUCCAUCUAUUCAUAUUUAUGAUUCGCACUCAGUUAUUUUAUCCCACAAAAGUAAUGGAAACCUGGUCUAUAGUUCCGAUACCCGCCCAAACAUGAGGCUAGCGAAAGCAGGAAAAAACGCCGCCGUUUUAUUGCAUGAAGCUACCUUUGAAGAUGAUUUACAUGAAGAAGCUGUAAAUAGAUUCCAUUCGACCGUCUCGGAGGCUUUGAUGGUUGCAAAGAGAAUGCAAGCACAAAAAUUGAUUUUAACACAUUUCAGUACUCGUUCUAUUGAUACUUCUUUCACUGCUCCCAAUUGGUCUAUUUAUCCAAAACACAAAACUAUUUAUGCCCGAGACGGAAUGCGUUGGACGCAAUCUAUAUGUCAGCCUAAUAAAAACGCUCAUAAAUCAUAAUGGUAAGAAGUAUGAAUAAUUUCUUUUUAAUUCGUUAAAGUGGAGCCGUUUCACUAUCACGUUUUUGUUGCGCUUAAUAUAUGACACAUUAAUGAUGCCAAACUUAAUAAUAUCUUUACUAUCUGUA